CGCCGAUCUCGGCUCUUUUUCAUCAUUUUCCUACGCCCCACUUCGCACCAAGGCUGCAGGCGUGGGAAAAUCCACUCGGGAAAAGUGCUAUCACGGACUGGAGGCAGAAGCUACGGUCACUUCCCAGGAAAGAAGACGGAACGGGAGGAUAUCUUCCCCAACUACAAAACUUCAGGUGGAUUUGAGGCUGGAGACAUGUCGACGUUCACUCCGCUGGCCGGGGAGGCUGCAAGUGCUGCUGCAAUUGAGGAGGAGUUAAAAGACCUGCCUCCACGUCCUCCUCAUUUUGCGAUUCCCACCCGUACGAGGAGUUUGCGAUCUGUCCAAUCACUCCGCAAUGUGCAUAGCGAGGAGAGGCUCCAGAAAUUGGGAGGGGUCGGUAGUUCAGAGGAUACCCUUGUGGAAGUCGCACAACACUCGUCACCAACCUCCUCUUCCUCCGAAGACGAGGACGACGAUGUACCGCUGGGGCAGCUCAUUCCCCAAACCGCCGAAUUAGGAGUAUCACAACCAGCACCCUUACUGGAAGAAGCCGAUUUAGACACCCGAUCGCACUACUCGGACGACAACCCCAGCGACUCAGUCUCCCUCCCCACAGACACCUCUACAAUAAGCGCCCCACCGUCCGAUAUAGUCGAAGAUUUACCCAACGAGGACAAUUCCCCACGAGACUCCCUCGAAUCCGUCGAAUCGGGAGAGUCCCGUGCAACGCUGAACAAGGGAAUGAGCAAGAGCGUCGAGAAGCUGACGUUUGAUAUCCGCAAUGCGUUCAGGAAUGGGUUGGAGCAGGCAGCGGAAGAUAACCCCGACGUUGUGAAUGAGGAGGAGUCGCCGGCGACCGUGGCGAAGGUUGCGCAACCGAUUGUUGUUCAUACGGUUCUCGCAGGCGUGACGCACGAGCAUAGUCCAGAGGGUCAUUUUGAGGCGGUUCCUGCUGGAGAGGCGAAUGAGGAGUUCCUACAGGUUACACCAGACAUCUCGAUUGAGCAUUCGGAGCUUUACAGUGAAGGUAGCACACCGCCUAUACCUGUUCAUGAGAUUGUAACUCCGGUUUUAGAGGCCCCGACCCCUGCGGCCAUGCCUCUAGGAGUCAGCUCCGAGAACGCUGGGGAUGCUUCCGCACAGAACAUUCAGGAGACAACCGAGGAACCUGUCCUUGUAGCUGCAGACAUCGAUCUCGAGGCCACUCCCAACGCCGCCAGAAGUGAUUCUCUCCCAGUCACGAAGCCGGUACAAGCAGCUCCAGUUUCAGUAUCCAGGGGGAUUGCUUCCCCACCCCAGCGAUCGGUACCACAACGCACACCCCCAACUACAAUCCCGAAGGCGACCUCACCAACGGGGCUCAUUUCGCCCACUCAAACCCGACCGCCAACCUCCUCAACCCCUCAGUCCACCCCUCGCGCAGCCACCACCACCGAGCCAAAAACUCUGAAGAAUAGCAUAUCCCGCAACUUCUUCGCUUCCACCCCUCGCGCACCCGCCACCACCGAGCCAAAGACCCUGAAAAAGAAGCGCAGCUUUUUUGCGUCAUGUUUACCAUCGUGGUUGACUAAGAAGGACACGAAGAGUAAGACGACGUUGCCGACUGUUUUGGAGAGUCAGCGUGCGGUGCCGUUGGAGGGGGGAAAGGGGAAGGGGAAGGCUGUAGAUGGUGAUGAGCGGGAGGGGUUGGUUGGGACGAGUAGUGGUGCUUCUGGACCGUCGAGGGUGCCUAUGAUCAAUAUCGGCACGGGCAAACCACGAGUAAGCGUCUCCGGCAUGGCCACCCCCUCGCACAUCCUCCGGACCCACGCCUCCGUCGACAGUCUCGCCCAAAGCGUCCGUCUCCGAUCACAGCCAUCCAUUGACAGUUUUGCCAACAGCGAUUCGUCACCGACUACUACCGAGAAGAAGAGCAUAUUUAGGCAUCAGAGGGGUUUUUCGAGGGAUGAACGGAGGGUUGGAGAGGAGGAUGCGAGUGAGAGGAAAGAAGGGAAGGAAGAUAGUGGACCUGGUGAUGUUGUCGUGCCGUCUAAAAAUGUCGAUCCUGCUUCGGGAGGAGCUUCCAAUAUCCCGGAGGCAUCAGUCAACAUCGAAGAACUCGCCCGCUCCAUCCCCCUCCCCGAAGACCAUAUCGUCUCCUCCAGCGCCGAAACUCUCGUCGCAACCGACGGCGCCGUCCUCGACACACUCAAAACCCGCGCGGUCGAUGACGACGCUGCGUCCAUGUACUCUGACGCCUCCUCUGAAGCGCUGACGCUGGCGUCGCUUGACAGUGAAGCGGAUGUGGAGGAGCAGUCGGUGCAGAAGGCUGUUGUUGAAGAGGACAGGGUUGAGAUUCCGUCGGCGCCGGCGCGGACCGAGACCCCGCUUUCGUUUAAUGGGCUGCGGGAUGUGCAGAUUCCCGUCGCUGUCGCUGCGCCGGCCUCCAACUACACCAUGGAUGAGGACACUGUCUCGGUCAACGCGGUGGGCACCAGCCGAUUCGCCGAUCAACCGGCUGCGCCAGCACUGAAGCUGAGCACGAAGCGGAGCGGGAUGGUCUUUAUCAACCCCGAUGACGACGAGUCUACACCCUUAUCGGCGCUCACGUCCCGCGGUACACCGGAACCGCUCACGGCGUCGUCCCCGCGCGCCCCGCUCGCUUCUGCCCCGGCUUCCACUGCGUCUAGUCUUCCCACACUGGUAACUCCCACAGCCGCGGACCGCUACGACGUGCAAUCAACUACGCAGUCGGCUCAACGCUCUCCAGACGGCAGCAUCCGUAACGAAUCCGCAGCACCCUCCCUCACCGUCCCUGUCUCCUUCGACAGCCUUUACCACGACCUUGUGAUCUCCAACAUGGAUUUCGCAGAGUUCGCGGACCGCAUCUCCUCUAAAACCAGUUUAGCGACCCACACCUCUUCCUCCGGCUCCACAAGCACGCUCGACCGCAGUUUAUCGAUGUCCGGCAUGUCCCAGGCCCGGAUCGCCCCACAACACAAUACAUUGUCCGUCCGCCCCUCCAUGCCCUCCCUUCGUCUCCUCAACUCUUCCACCACCCCGCAACAUGCGACGAAAGUCUACGCGCUGCCCAACGCCUCAUCAUCUAGCACGUCCUCGGGAACCACACCGUCCUCGACAGCCUCAUCAUCCCUGAACCGCCCGACCAACACGGUGAAUAAAUUCAUAGCACGCCCAGCGCAUAUCCUCACCCCGCCGCAUACACCCCCCGCCUCACCCGCGCGAAACGGACAGAAAACAGAGGCGGAGAGUAUCAGCGACACCGUAUCAGCAACCGACCACUGGCGCCGCAACAUCGCCCGCGCACUCGAAUCCACCGCCACGUUAAGACAUGCAAGUAGUCGGUCGACUUUAGCGAGUCACGCGAGGAGGUCGCCCGAACCUGUCUAUUCUCCCCCAGCGACGACCGUGACACCUGCCGCGUAUGAGAGGGGCUACACAUCCCCACCCUACGCAGUUCCCACCAAACGCCCAAACAGACCCGCCCCGCCACCGCCCAACACCGCUCCAUAUAUCCCCACAUCUCCGACAUCCCCCACAUCCUCAACCACGGCACAAAACCCACCCUUCCGCCGACCCACCCCCACCCGCGCACGUACACAGGAUAGGAAGAACGCGUACUCGUUACAUGAAGAUUUCGUGAAUGCGAUUGAGGGGAGUUUGAUGGGGGAUGGGGAGGAAGGGUUGGCGGACGUUGUUAGUUUUGCGUUGGCUAUGUCCGAUCAAUGAUUUAUUUCCCUUUUUGUUUCGUCUCACACGCGGCGUAAUAUCGCUUACAUUUACAUUUUAGUAGCCCUCAUAGACAUUUUUAGAUAAUACUUCUCUCACUCUCUCACACGCACACACAUAUGAAUCAUAGUUCAUGCCCCCCCCCCCCCCC